UCAGACCCCACGACCCAUGGUGGAGAAUGCCCAAAAUGGGGGAUCAGGAAGAAAGUGGUGAAGGAUGACGUGGAGAAGUCUCAUUGGACUAGAGGGAGUGCACAAGCUCAAAAGAAUAGAGCAAGGAAGAAAGUAGGGUUAGUGAUGAGUUCUGAAAUACACAAGAGCCGACUGUUAGUUUUGAGCUCUCAUUUUACUGAUUUGCAUUCGGAAUCUUCCCUCAUGGCUUCGGAGAAAGAAGCUGCCCUCGCAGCUGUUCCCUCCGAUUCUCCUACCAUAUUUGACAAAAUCAUCAACAAGGAAAUCCCGUCUAAGGUGGUAUAUGAAGAUGAUAAGGUCUUAGCUUUUAGGGACAUAGCUCCCCAGGCUCCUACACACAUUUUAAUUAUUCCAAAAUCAAAGGAUGGCCUAACUGGAUUGUCUAAGGCUGAGGAGAGGCACUGUGAGAUCCUUGGCCACCUUCUUUAUAUUGCAAAGCUUGUUGCGAAACAGGAAGGACUAGAAGAUGGCUUCAGGAUUGUGAUUAAUGAUGGCCCGCAAGGAUGUCAAUCCGUGUAUCACAUUCAUGUCCACCUCCUUGGAGGGCGCCAAAUGAACUGGCCUCCAGGGUAAGAUGAAGUUAUAGUUGAUAUAGGGUGGACACCAUAUUUAAUGGAAGUGGGCAUUGUCUGUUGUGUGGCCUGUUGAUAAUGUUAAUAAUUGAAAGCAGAUUGGUUACAAAUAGCUUUCAUGUCUAAUGAUGUGAACGGUAUCAUUGUACUCAAGGCUACCAGCUCUUCAAAAGGGGAAAACUAAUUAACCUUGUUGAAGUAAUAAUGCUUGGAAUGAUAAUAUGGCCUGCUUAGUUGUUCCCUGCCUUCUUCCUAUUUAGUUUUCAUAUUAAAUGGUUUAGAAUUCAUAAAUUGUUCUUUGA